CGCAGGGCCCGCUUCCGCCGCCGCCGCCGCCGUCAUGGAGGCUCCGGGCGGGCUGGAGGCGAUGCGCGGCCGCCGGCGCCUCUCCUCUCCGGGCCCCGGGAGUCCCUCGGCCGGCGGCGGCUCGGCUCUGCCCUGGGGGCGCCUGUCGGCGUGGCUGGAGUGUGUGUGCGCUGUCACCUUCGACCUGGAGCUGGGCCAGGCGGUGGAGGUGGGUGAGGCCCAGAGGCGCCCGGGGGGAGUUCCGCAGCUGGUGUAUCCCCCUGACUACACCUUGACGGAAAAAGAGAAAACAACCAUCUGCUACCUGUCCUUCCCCGACUCUUACUCAGGCAGCCUUGGAGACACCCAGUUCAGCUUUCGCUUCCGACAGUCUGGGGGGCAGCGAAAUGCGUUGUUUGGGGAUGACUUUGAAUAUAACAGGGAAGCUGCGGUAUCAUUACAGAGAGACCCUGCACACUACUUUGGCUAUGUGUUCUUCCGGCAAGUCAAGGACAGCUCUGUGAAGAGAGGCUACUUCCAGAAGUCUCUUGUCCUGGUGUCUCGCCUCCCCUACGUGAACCUCUUCCAGGCCUUGCUGCAGCUCAUAGCCCCAGAAUACUUUGACAAGCUGGAUCCGUGCCUGGAGGCAGUGUGCAGCGAGAUUGACCAGUGGCCGCCUCCUGUGCCCGGCCAGAUCCUCAAUCUCCCAGUGAUGGGUGUCGUCAUUCAGGUGAGGAUUCCCUCCCGCUUGGACAAGCCUGGCUCCAGCCCCGCCAAGCCCCAGAAUCAGGAGAACCUCUUGCCAGCCCCCCUAGUCCUUCCCAGCAUCCACGAACUGGACCUCUUCAGGUGCUUCCAGCCGGUCCUGAUCCACCUGCAGGCGCUGUGGGAGCUGCUGCUUCUGGGAGAGCCCCUUGUGGUCAUGGCACCUUCGCCUGCCGCCUCCUCCGAGAUGGUCCUUGCCCUGACCAGCUGCCUGGCCCCCCUGAAGUUCUGCUGCGACUUCCGCCCCUACUUCACCAUCCACGACAGCGAGUUCAAGGAGUACACAACACGGACACAGGCCCCGCCAAGCGUUGUCCUGGGCGUCACCAAUCCCUUCUUCAUCAAGACUCUGCAGCACUGGCCUCACAUCCUGCGCCUGGGGGACCUCAAGAUGGCCGGGGAUUUGCCCAAGCAGGUCAAGGUGAAGAAGCUGGCCAAGCUGAAGUCCUUGGACGCCAAGCCGGGACUUUACACCUCCUACAAGACCUUCUUGCACAAGGACAAGAACCUGAUCAAGCAGCUCUUGAAGGGCAUCCACAAGAAGCAGCCCUCCGACGCCCAGAGCGCCCUGCUGCGGCGCCACCUCCUGGAGCUCACGCAGAGUUUCAUUAUUCCCCUGGAGCACUACAUGGCGAGCCUCAUGCCACUACAGAGGGCCAUCACCCCCUGGAAGAACCCCCCUCAGAUCCGCCCUUUCCAGCAGGAGGACUUCCUCAAGACCCUGGAGCAUGCUGGGCCUCAGCUCACCUGCGUGCUGAAGGGGGACUGGGUGGGCCUGUACAGGCGCUUCUUCCGAUCCCCGAACUUUGAUGGCUGGUACCGCCAGAGGCACCGGGAGAUGAUGCACAAGCUGGAGGCCCUGCACUUGGAAGCCAUCUCAGAGGCGAACAUCCGGUCCUGGGUGAAGGACAAGUCUGAGGUUGAGGUGGUCGACCUGGUCCUGAAGCUCCAGGAGAAGCUGGUGCGCGCUAGGUGCCACCGCCUCCCCGUGAAGGAGGAGAUUCUGCACCGGGUGGGCCUCUACAUCGCCACCACCGUCGGGUCGCUGCCGGAGGACCUCCAGGCCGUCCUGGGCCCCCAGUAAAGGCUGCCUGGGCCGGAGGAACCCAACUGUGGGGAGGCAGCUGCCCCCCAUCUUGGCAGGCUGGGCCUGGAGUGGGGCGCCCCGUGGGCUCUUGGAGGGGGCCGCCCUUCCUCCCCACAGAAGCUCUUCUGCCUGCAGGACCCUCUCCUGCCAGUUGCUGCGCCCACGUCUCCCCUGUGCCGGAGAAGGCAGAAAUGUCUUCCGCAAGGCAGGCAGUGGCCCUGGCGUGAGCAAGCCCCUCUCCUUCAUGGCCCUGCGUGAGGGCAAGAGGCAGUCCCUCCACCCUGCCCCCCCAAACCCCUUCCCCCCCCAUGUGUGUCUGGAUGUGCCUGCUGUGCAGCGGCAGUAAAUGAAUAUGUGUUGGUCGUCAGGAGCCUUUGCUGCUGAGCUUUGCCUCGGCCAUCUUUAUUUAUUGCCUUUUUACACCCCCCCUUGUCUAAGCCAGAGGUUCCCAAUGCGGGGGGUAGUGCCCCCCUUUGGGGGGGCAAUAAGAUUCCCCGACGGGGCGCUGGAGGAGUAAAGGAUCACCAGUCUUUGAAACGCUGGCGUCACUGGAUCCAGUUCACCCGCUUUGUUGAAUUAAACUCAGUCGUUUUAACAGGCUUUGGAAUAAAUGUGCAAUUAAUUGGUCUUGUUUUUAAUUUCAUUUGUUCUUCUGGAGUGGGUGGUGCAAACUGCUCUUCUGAAUAAAGCUUUUUAUAGGGAAACUGGCUGGCAAAUGUUGGGAAUGGGAAUGGGCUGAGCUGAAGGACAGAAGCGAAGAAUGGGCCCACAAUCUCACCAGUG